CCAGCUUCACUCUCCUAUAUACUGCGUAGAUCCUAUACUCGAUCCGUAAGGUCACGAAAAUAUAUAUACGACAGCACAGACGGGUUUACAGGCCAGUCGCACCAUUCAGCCUAGUCCAGUUUUACAAUAUGACUCCACUCAAAUUCGAUCCGACGCAUUCCAGGGCGGCAAGGGCAGAUGGCAACCCUAAUUUCGCCAUCUGGCCCCACAAGUUAUCUUCUCUUCGCUCACAACAUACAUACUUUCUUCGCUGAUUCAGUACAUAUCCUCAUUCUCCAGCAGCAGCUCCCCUCCACCGUAGCCCAGACCAGCAGCGAAGAGAAGAGCACCGCCACGCAGAACACAGCAGCCCGAACGAGUCACGCCAGACCAAGCGAAGCGUACGCACACCACCUAGCGAAUUGCCCAACCAUGCGCCCAACGCAGCCAGCACUCCUUCGCGUCACCCCAUUCAAGGUCCCGUCCUCAUCGGCGUCGGUAUCGGCCUCCCUGCGCCUACCCCAGUCCCCCCGCCCAGCAUCGCCCGCAGAGCAAAUACGCCGCCGCGUAUCGCCGGUCGAAACGCUUGCCAGCACCAGCGCCACAUCACCGGCACCAGCAGCACCCGCAACGAUACCAGUUACGGCACCAGUUACAGCACAAGCAGGGGUGGCGGUACCGCCAAAUCUGCGCUUCGAAAAGGUCAUCCCGCCAAAGAGCCUGUACUGGCAGACGCAACGAUCAGAGCGCGAGGUGCUCAAGCAGCGGGUCUUCCGCGAACUAUGAGGGCAGCGAUGUGCGCACACGCGCCUUCUGCCCGCUAUUACGCACGGCAUACAUGCACCCAGGUCGGCCCACUUUGAUCCGUCGCUUCCAAGAUGGACGGGCGGACGGAAGACCGGCGCGCGCACCCUUGCAUGUACCGUCUGCCCCGCUACGUCUUCUGUAUGUACUUCUAUGCUUAUCCUGC